AUGGAAGGCAUUAAAUCUAUAGUCGAAAAAAUCCCUCUUUGCAAGGUCAACGCUGGCCCUAGAGACGAAAAAUGGUUGGAUAGAGUUAAAGAAGAAUACUUGAUAUUAAUUAAGUACAUCGAAUUGAAUAAAUAGCAAGAUAAUGAUUGGAUUAAAAUCGCUUCUGAUAAGGAAGGCAAGGUUUGGAAAGGCAAAUGUUGGUACAUUCAUAAUUUAGUUCGUUAUGAUUUUGAUUUAGAAUUCGAAAUUCCUGCUACCUAUCCUGCAUCACCUAUUGAAUUAUGUUUACCCGAACUUGAUGGUAAAACUCACAAAAUGUACAGAGGAGGCAAGAUUUGUUUGGAUAUCCACUUUGCUCCUUUAUGGGCUAAAAACAGUCCCAAAUUCGGUAUUGCUCACGCAUUGGCUUUAGGAUUGGGUCCAUGGUUAGCUGCUGAAAUUCCAGUAUUGAUUGAUUAAGGAGUCAUUAAGAAAAAUUGA